UCCUUACCUGCUCACGAAACGUCACACACGACAUGACGUCACCCGAAGACGUCAUCAAAAAGUCCAGCUCUUAGGCGUGUCCCGUGUGUGGGUUCGCUGGAAAAUCUGAAAAAUAUUAAGAUAAUACGAACUUGAAAUUAUCGGAUUUGAAUGAUGAAAGAAUCUUCUAAAAAGAUGACAUAUAUCCAGAAUGGCAAGAAAAUUACUUGGCUGGAGGAAGAUCCAUCUCCUCCCGCCAAAGUUACAAGAAUUUCCAAAACAUAUUACAGAUCCUGUAAAUUUGGGAAUCUGCGCCUGGCAGUUGGCGACUUUGUCUUGAUAGCUGACUUAUCAGCUGGAGAUGAAGACCAUGUGGAUGGCUGUGAAAUAGCUGAAAUCACCCAUAUGUAUGACACAGGCGACCCGGACGAGAAGGACCCGUGCUGGCUGACUGUGCGGUGGUUCACGCGCUGGGACCUUCUGCCGCCGACGGUGCGCAAGAAGCUGCCGGUCGGCCUGCCACAGCCGCACCCGACCCGGGAGGUGGUACUGGAUGGGCGGCCGUUCAGUCCAGAGGUGCUCAUCAGCACUGUCUGGGACAAGUGUGAGGUGCGCGUGCUGCAGCCAUACGAGGACCCAGCGGUCGAGCGGAGCACCCGCGGCACCCUAGAGCUGUUCGUCACCCGGUUCCAGCUGCAGACCAAGCCGCUGAAGCUGGUAUCUAUCAGCGGUCUGGACUUAGGUUUUGAGGAUGAUGGGAAGAGAAAGAGAACAAAAACACCUCAGAAGACUGGUGGGAGGUCGAGGCAGGGUAGCGAGACUCCCGAAAGACGGGAGAAAACAGGCGAUGAACCCCGCGGGAGGCGAAAGAGGGAAGGAAGUGAAACUCCGGGAAGACAGAAGAGAGCGGGCAGUAAAACCCCGGAAAGACGGAGAAGGGAAAGAAGUGAAACUCCUGGUAGACGCAGGAGGGAGACAAGUGAAACCCCCAGAAGGCGAAAGAGGGAGGGAAGUGAAACUCCUGGAAGACAGAAGAAGGCAGGCAGUGAAACCCCAGGAAAACGGACGAGGGAAAGAAGUGAGACUCCCGGGAGACAAACAAGGGAGGGAAGUAAAACCCCCGGUAAACAGAAGAAAACAGGCGGCGAGACCCCGGCAAAACAGAAGAGAGCGAGCAGUGAAACUCCAGGGAAACAGAAGACAGCGGGCAGCGAGGCUCCCGGUGAAACGCCCACUGCUGAACGAAGGACACGAUCGACGGGAAAGGAGAAUAAUGCGCCAACCACGCCGUCGCAGCAGCCGCCUUCCAAAGAGGGCCUGUCCCGUUCGGGCCGGCGUCGUAAGGAGCGCAGCUACCGUGACCUCGUGGAGGGCAAGACGAGCUGGGAGGAUGAAGAUGACAUCACCAUAAGCUACACGUCACCUAACAAAAUGGUCAUGAAAAUGAGUCGACUCACCGACAGCAAAAUUCGACAGAUGCUCUUGGAAGAUGAUGAUAGUGAUUCGUCUCUCCCGGAUAGCGGUCGAAGCACGCCUGUCCCCGUCAAAAAGAAAACGCCACGUGCGUCCAGAGAAACCACCCCGGCGCGCGGCUUGAAGCGGACAGCAUCUCAGUCUAAGACAGACAGUCCCGCACGAGCCAAACCUGAACCGUCCCGUUCCCGGGGUGCCACGCCCGUGAAGCGGGACGCGUCCCGUGCCAGCACUCCGUCAAAGCCUGAACCGUCCCGUUCGCGGGGUGCCACGCCUGUGAAGCGGGACGCGUCCCGUGCCAGCACUCCGUCCUCUGGCGGCGCGCGGUCGGCGGGCCGGGGCACACCUCGCUCGGCGGGACGGGACUCGGCGUCUCCGACGGCCGGCCGCAGCACGCCGCGAUCGGCGCGUCGCUCGCUCUGCCGCCAACCGAGUCUGGCUACGGUGACCGAGGAGCGAUCCCCCGGCGCCGCCAGCGCCCGCCCCAGCGACCCGCCGCCGGCGCGGCGCCUGUUCGCCGCGGACGCCGGCGGCGCCAAGAGACGCCGUCUGUCGUUGGCCGUGGACUCAGAGGACGAGGAGGAGGAAGAGGAGGUCGCUCCGCGCCGCGGUGGAGGACGUCGCCGCGCCGCCAGUGCCCGGCGCACCGAGGAACUCCCGGAGGAGGGUUCCCCGGAGGAGGAGGGGACGCCCGUCAAACGGCGAAUGGGCCGUGCGGCCGCGUCCCCGGCGACACCGUCCCGCGGCCGGGGCAGGGGGCGCGGCGGGCGGUCCGUCACGGCCUCCCCCAGGACCCCGAAGGUUGGCGGCACACCUCUGGUACCCGGCCGGUCGGCCGGCUGUCUGGAUACACCCGGUACACCGCUGGAGCGGGCCCGCAGUCGACUGCACGUGGCUGCGGUACCCGAGGCGCUGCCCUGCCGGGAGAAUGAGUUCCUCGACAUCUACACCUUCGUGGAGGCCCGACUACUGGAUGGUACUGGCGGGUGCAUGUACGUGAGCGGCGUGCCGGGCACGGGGAAGACGGCUACCAUGAGGGAGGUGGUGCGCAGUCUACAGGAAGCAGUCCAGACCGGCGACCUGCCCGCCUUCCAGUUUAUCGAGGUGAACGGCAUGCGGCUGACGGAGCCGCAGCGCGCCUACUGUCAGAUCCUAUCCGAACUGACCGGCACCAAGGCCGUACCCGAGCACGCCGCCCAGAUGCUCGACAAGCGGUUCUCACAGCCGGCCGGACGACGCCAGCCGCUGCUGCUGAUGGUCGACGAGCUGGACCUGCUGUGGACGAGGAAGCAGAACGUGCUGUACAACCUGUUCGACUGGCCGAGCCGGCCGCACGCGCGGCUGAUCGUCGUCGCUAUCGCCAACACGAUGGACCUGCCGGAGAGGAUCAUGAUGAACCGCGUCUCCAGUCGACUGGGUCUGACGCGGAUGACCUUCCAGCCGUACACGUUCAAACAGCUCCAGGAGAUUGUCUCCAGCCGACUGAGCGGUCUGGACGCCUUCGAUCCCGACGCCAUCCAGCUGGUGGCCAGGAAGGUGGCUGCCGUGUCUGGUGACGCCCGCCGCGCGCUCGACAUCUGUCGGCGGGCUACCGAACUAGCGGAGCGCGGUCCGGCCGCUGAGCGGCGCCACAUGUCACCCAGGAAGGCCAAGACCUCGGCGCUGGUGGCUAUGGAGCACGUCAACGCCGCCAUCCAGGAGAUGUUCGCCUCGCCAAAAAUUGUCGCCAUUCGGUCGUGUCCGGCACAGGCGCGCUCCCUGCUGCAGGCUGUGGUGUCCGAGUUUCAGCGCACCGGCUUGGAGGAGGCCCGGCUGGGUCGUGUAUAUGAACAGAUGGCUGCCGCCUGCCGGUUCGAAGGCGUCUCGCCUCCCACUCUCUCCGAGGUGUUCGCUCUGGUCAGUCAGCUGACUGCGGUCCGUCUGCUGCACGCCCAACACGCCAGACAUGACCUCGAGACCCGGCUGAGGCUCAACAUCAGCGUGGACGACGUGUCGUACGCGGUGCAGGAGAUGCCCGACCUGUGACCGGUCAGAGGGGGGACUGUUCGAUCUGUGACCGGUCAGAGGGUGACUGUGGGCCGACCUGUGACCGGUCAGAGGGUGACGUUGGUCCGACCUGUGACCGGUCAGAGGGUGACUGUGGGCCGACCUGUGACCGGUCAGAGGGGGAUCAGGGGUGGCGUCUGACCUGUGACCGGUCAGAGGGGGACAGUGGGCUCCGACCUGUGACCGGUCAGAGGGUGACGGCUCUGACCUGUGACCGGUCAGAGGGUGACUGUGGGCCGACCUGUGACCGGUCAGGAGGUGGCUGUGGGCUCCGACCUGUGAUCAGUCAUGGUGACAUGUCAGUCAUGAGUGACACCAUGGGAUGGUGUUCGAAAGUGAUUGUUGAGGAUAUUCCUUGCCGGUGACCGGCCGGCCGGCGGUUAAACAUGCUAAAUUCGGAAUUUAUUAUCAUGUGCUCAGAAAUCGUGAAAUGAUCAUAUGCAUUCAUAAAAACUCUGAAAAUGCUAUAGAUACAGCAAAACACACGGCCAAUCUGGCCUGCAGGCUGCAUAGCUGGUAUAGAAAAGUUUAGUGAUGAAAAACAAAAAUGAAUUUAAGGCAAGUUCAUUAUGUAAUGGGCCUCAGGCCUUCAGUCUGCAACAAGCUACAAAAUGGCUUACCCUGGAAUAUUUUGUUCAUCCCUUGGCCGAAAUCCCUUUCAUGUUCCCUGCCGUUGACAAGACACAAUCGCGAGUAAUGAAUAAGUAACGGAAGCAGGACUUAAUCUCGAGUGACGGCUAAAUAUCCUACAUUUGAUUGAAGGUUGAGUCGUGACUCGCACUAUUAAUGGGUGACGUCAUCAAAAGUUCAGCUUAUUUCUCUUGCACAAGUUAUCUCUUUUAACAGCUGAUUACAUUAAAAAGUAAACAAGUACGAGACGAAGCGGGAGUGCCGGUACCGAAGGGAUGGUGGAAUUGAUGUUGGCUAGUGAUUUCCAAGUGGCUGUAACCUCAUUUAUUCCUGCUGAAUUAGCAGACAUUCGUGAACCGCGCAUUCGGCGUUAGGUGCUCAUUUUCGGAUAUCCCUGGUCAUUCCGCCUCGGUUUUGUGGGGAAUGGUAAUUUAUAACAUGGAUCAUUUUUUUUUUCGGAGUGGUGCUGGUGGUGUUAUUCCUCUAUGCUGGUGGUGUUAUUCCUCUUUGCGGCUGAUCAUAAAGGCUGCUGCAUUCCGUCUAGCGUGCUUCGCCGAUUGUCCUGCCGGUGACGUGACCUUUAUAGCCGGCGCUCAUGUCAUUUGAUUGGCAUGCCUGGUUACUGUGGGAGGCUCGCUGGCUGAUUUCAAGGGUAGCAGUGGUGAUGUGUUCUUUUGUGUUCUUAGAUUCUGUUUUUGUUGUGUGGCAUUUGGUUGAAUGACUGCAUGUCUUGUGAAUUGUACAGACGAAAAGGCUACAUGUCUAAACAAGGCCAUCCUUCCGAUAUUGGUGGUUCAUUUAAUUAUGAGUUGGUUUUGCCAUGCGCUGACAUCGGUCAUGCAUUUUUUUAUACUGCGUUUGGCUCUUACUGUUAAUUUAGACGUCUUUAACUUCUUAGUGCCAUCCCUGAGCAAGUUUUCCUCACUUAUUUUAGGCUUAGAUUUGCAGUAAAAGUUAAACAGACAGCAGUUGAUCCACUUUGGGUGUGACCGUUGGUACAAAACACAGUGAUAGCAUUGGUCUUCGAUUUUCACACCUGACGUGCCUUAGCCGAUUUCGAUUAAACAGCAUACCCUGGUAGGAGCGUUUUCAAAUCGCUCGGUGCAGUUGCGUUGUCGAUUAGCUGCUCGGACGUGCUACCGAGUUCGUUCAGGGACGGAGUGUCUUCCUGCCGUCGUCUGCUCGUUGUUACUCUCCUAUCUUGUACAAUUGUUCUCCGAUGUGGCCCUCGGCGUACCGUGUGCGGACCGGGUGGGUCUCGAUUGGCCUAGCUCGCCCGUUCCAGGUCGAGUUGGUCUUGGACAGGUCAGGGGUUUGUUGCCAUUUGUAUACUGCCGCGUGUGUAUUUUUGUACUGUUUGUGAUAGGUUGAAAUUUGAUUAUGCGUGCUUUGCAUUCAAUAUAGUCCCAAAGCAAUAA